GCCCAUCAUUUAACAAUAAGGGGUGAGACUCAUUCUUUCAACGGACUCGCUCUAUUGCACCCAGAGCAGGAUUAGAGCGCUGAACUUCGCCAACGCGUCCAGGUCUCUACUGGAUCUAUUCCAUAGUGUUAUCACCUCAGGUACCCAUUUGAAGAUGAUUCGAGGAUUACUGCUGGUGGUAUUUUUUCUCGUCACUGAACCCCCUUUCUGUCAGUCAAGCUGCAUAGAGGUCGAGGCGCAGGGAUCUAGUUCCGAUGACACUCCAAGCUUUCGGAAUCCUCCGCGGGAGUUACUGAAGAGAUAUAACGACUUAGACUAUGACAGCUUCGUGGGUUUAAUGGGGCGCAGGAGCACCGAUACUGAAGAAAUACCAUCCCCACUCAAAAGAGAAAUGCAUGAUAUUUUUGUUGGACUAAUGGGUCGCAGGAGUUCUGACACAGGCACCGGACGUCCCUGGAGAAAGGACUACCCAGGAACAAGAGGCAUCUUCUUCAGCAAAUGCAAGCAGAGGUUUCGUCGUGGAUUAUAGUCCUGCUUCUGCUGCCAAGGAGACAUCUUCAAUAUUUAGGCAACGUAUUUUUCAGACAUGCUUUCAUGUAAAAAGAAAAAAAACAUUUCUUCUACAGAAACACUGCAAAGGCAUACCUUUAUGUAAUUAUGAGAAAGAUAAUUUAUACAUUGAAACAAUAUACUGUGACAAACCAACAGUUUGUAUAUUUGCAGAUACACUCUCCAAUUGCCGUUUGCUUUUUUGAUUAUGUAUGUACCACUGUUUUAAUUUAUUUCCCAGACUUAUUCUGAAUUGACCUAUUUUUUGUAA